AUGAGAGUAUAUUCCGACGUGCCCGCCACUGGAUCCGGACUCAGUCCAGACGACGGCUGUGGCCCUUUGCACGUCGAGAACGAGAGGCCUCCAACCCCAAAGCAUCCCCGGUUCCACCGGCAGCGCAAAGUUUUCACCAGGGACCUGGACUACGGUGCCCAUGUCAACCAGACUGGCCAGGAGCACCUGGAGCCGAAAGAGGCUGAGCCCAAGGCACCAGCCCAGGAAGCGGAUGAGGCUCCUCCUGUCACACCGGAAGUUCAUCCAGAGGAGCAGGAUGCAGAGCUGGAGGCAUCUCCAGCUCCAGAGCUUUCACCACCUCCAGCAGCCUCUCCAGCUGCAGCUGUGGAGCCAGGGCCGGCCCCAGAGGAAACUGAGGCCCCAGCACCGCUGGAUGAAGAACCCUCCCUGGAGCCCAUGCUGGCUCCUGCCUCAGAGGAGGAGCUGCCUGUGGAGGGCCCAGCUCAAGGGCCCCUUGUUGAAUGUGCUCACCCUGUCCCAAGGGACAGCCUUGUUUCAGACCUUUUCCUUCUCUUUUCUCUUUUUAUUUUGUUUCUAUGUUCUCUGUGCUGUGAUUUGCUUUUUGAUCUUUUUAUUUAUCUUAUUUGGGGAUUUUGGGGGAUUUUUGCUUUUAUUAUUUUCUUUUUUUAG